ACGACGUACUUUUUUUGUUGUGGCUUUGUUUAGACAUUAGAAUUCAGACCACACAAAAAAGGAAAAGGUCGUGGGAGACUUUCUUCAUUAUCCCCUUUCUUUCUUUGCCAUAUUUCCCCUUCUCCAACUUUUGCCAAUAGAGAGAGAGAGGCCUGGACAAACACCACCGGUCACCAAGAACAAACGCUUUUUCCACAUCCCACAAACAUUCAUGAUUCAUCCAUCAAAAGUUGUAGUAGACUAGUAUCAACUGCUCAGAUAGAUGGAUAGAUGAUUCAGAUCUGUUCCUCUCAUUCAAUGGGUCUCACACGGAAGGUAUCCGAUGCCCUUUUUACUGUGCGGAUUCCACCUCUCGUUUUAUCCACCAGAAUUUCUGCAAAUUUGAGCUAAUCAAUAAUAUUUCAUAUCCGCUUCGACUCUGCGGUAUAUUCCCCACACGGAAGAUCUUACCUCCUCCUUCCUGUGUAGCUUUUAAUUUUCGUAUGUUUCUUUUUUAUCCUGGUCAUCAUCAUCCGAUUUGGCUUCGGAAUGCUCAACCCUUCUUCAUCUCGCUUUUCGAGACACCAAGUUUCCGAUCCUUAAAUUCUUGAGAAAUUCUCGCGUUCUUCUCCUACCUCUUUGUCCCAUUCUCGUAUCUAAAAAUAUCAGCCACAUUCAUUGCAAAUAAACUCACUCGUUUUCUUGGGGUGGAUGGAAGCUGGUGGUGGGAUUACUAUUCCCAGAAGGCAUUUGAUUUCGGACGAAAAACUCGAGUCUCCGAAUCUCCGAGACUACCUCAGAAUUAGGCAAGACGAAAACCUCGAUAACAACAAUAAUUUCCGACCAAACAUGUCCAAUCUAACGUUAAGCGCUGUGUUAAAAACUGAGGACAGAAGCGGAGGUCCAAUGCGGACCCCAUCAAACCGGACCCUUAUGGAUAUAAUCAGGGAAGACCCCAACGGUGGCGGCUAUAGUAAGGAUACCAGGAAGAGCUGGAGGAACUUUAGAGAGAAGCUUCGCCUACGCCGGCAAGGUUCCGGCUCCUCCUGGACUUCUUCUGUUCCGGUUCCGGCCUCCGACGUUCCCAUUCAGCACCCCAUGGGCAGCAGCAGCAGCAGCCGGAGAAUGAUGAUGUCCCGGCGAGACUCCACCCGGUUAAACACGCCCACACCCGACCAGACGAGUCAGCCGGACGCGGAUUUGAGCUCGGGAGUUCCCCGGAGUAGAUCGUCGAUGCUGCAGCGGAACGAGAGUCGGGCUAUCCGCGGAAGGUAUGAUAAUGCACGCGGAAUUGACGAUGAAAUGGGGGCGGAGGAGGGAGAAGAGACAGAGGGGGAGACGACGGCAGAGGAGGAGGAGGAGGGAGGAGGUGGCGGAACCGGAGGAGGAGAGGAGCAGCCGGUGAGGAUGUCGCUGAUGGCGUUGUUGGCGGAGACGGAUAGGCAAAUGGGGCUGGAUGGAUCGGGUUUUACGAUGGACGACGACGAGGAGGACGCGGAUGAGGAGGAGGAGGAGGAGGAGGAAGGCGGCGCGGGUGGCGGAGGGUAUAACAAUUGCUGCGUGUGCAUGGUUAGGCAUAAAGGUGCUGCGUUUAUCCCGUGUGGUCACACGUUUUGCAGGUUGUGUUCAAGGGAGCUUUGGGUGCAAAGAGGGAACUGCCCGCUCUGCAACAACUUCAUCUUGGAAAUUCUUGAUAUUUUCUGAUCAUGUUCAACCAAUCAAUCCCGGCGGCUCCUCCUCCUGCAUUCCAAGUUUUACCACCCACCCACCCACCAGAUGCAUGUCCCUCUCCUUAGAAUGUUUUGCCAUUGCUGCUACUACUACUACAGUGCUUUUUCUUUUUCACUUUUAUAAGUUUCUAUUUAUCCCUUUAUUUUUAUUUUUUUGAAUUUGCAGAGCGGGGUGCUGCGGGCGGGUUGGUAAAAAUAACAAUUCAAGUAUUCAUCAUAUGUUUCUUAAUUGCUUUUAUUAAACGCGUUGCUUCUACUCCAUUAGGGUGGUAGGCGCUUUGGUGGUGGUAGUGGUGGCCAUUGAAUGCCAGCUCUGUACAUUGUACUUAGUAUAGACAUUAUAGUAGCAUUUUGGACGUCUGUACUGCCAUCAAUUCAAUUAUUGUGACACUCCGGUCCAAAGCCUCAUCCACGUUCAAUUUCGUGCGUAUGUGAAGAAGAAACAAAUUUUUUGGCA